CUGAUCUGGCGCAUUUCAAAUAAGCAAAAAAUAUUUCCAACCAAAACAUAAAAUCAAUUUAAGUCCAGACAAAAUUCGAAUUUCCUUUUUUCGAACGUGUAUCCUUUUUCGAACGUGAAGUCUCUUUCGAACGUGAAGCCUUUUUCGCCGAAAUAAAAUUCAAGCACGCACGCAAGAUGUUGACUUUGUGCAAAGUCGCGACGACACUCCUAAUGCUACUUCUCCUCAGCACCAUCCAAAUUCCAUAUAUCACCGCACAAUCGAGCUCAGAAACAGUGCAAGGCAAGGGAAAAGCGAUUAUUUACAAGCCAGCAAUUAUACGUACCGAAUUACGUUUUGGACGCAAUUUGGAUCCGGAAAAAGUACGCUCAGUUAAUGUCAAAUCAAAUACCGGAGAAGAUGUUGAAAUACUCGUUGGUAAGGAUAGCCAACGCGGGCGUGCUGGAGGUAGUAGCAGUUUCUUUGUUAAAAGUGCAGAUGUACGACCAUCAUCAACUACCGAACGCACACCUCGCAGCCUCAAUGAUACCGCCAACUUCGAGAAGCAAGCAUCUCUGGAAAAAUUGCUAAAUCUUUCGCAUACAUCAACGCUGCUGAAGCAGAGUGAAUUGGUGCGUCAAGCGAAAGCUUAUAAUCAGCGCAAAGCAGAAGUUGAACUGCGUCAGCAACAGAAAGCAGAAAGUGCAUUGCAAGAAAGUGCAGUCGUUGUCAAUAGCGGUAGGGGACGGCACGGAAGAAAAUUGAAAUACACUACAAAUGAUUUCCCUGUACAACAACCAAUAAAUCAAAUGUACUUAUCACAACCACAAUAUACGAAUGAAAUGCAAUUUGUACCACAACAAAGUACUGCCACAACACCAGAACUGCAAUAUCAACCAUAUUAUAUACCAUUGGAACGCACCAAUAACUUUUCAUUCCCAAGCGAUAGUAAAACUACCGAUCUCAGUCAAACACAACAACAGGCACAAGUACCACAAAAACGGAAUUGGCAGCCUGCUGAUGUUCACGACUUACGCACCCGUCAACUACGUCAAACAGCGGCAGAUAUGGUGCCAUUCCGUUUCCCAGUUGAAUAUGAUUUUCAACCAUUAUACACUGAUGAAUCACAAGGUAUAGAUGAUCUUUACAGUUCCAGACAAUCUCGUUACUAUAUUAAUACCGGCGAACGCAAUAGUAGGCCGCACAAUCUCAUUACGAAAAAUAAUUAUUUGCCUUCUAAAGCAAAACAAACAAAUUAUUCACAUAUCCGCCUACCAGCUGCUGUAGUUGUCAGUACUUCAACAGCUAUCGGUAAUUCCAAUCCACCAGUUCCAAGUCAAACAAAUCAUAACAUUAUCACAGCUGCUUCAUCGCCUGCUUAUGCACAAAUAAAUAAACAUACACAGUAUCACGACGAACCAAUAACACAAUCACAUCCAUCAAAAAAAUGGCAACCACUAAAGCAAACACAAUCAACCAGAUUGGGUCAACUUUCUAAACCAGUACAAUCCACACAGCCAUUACGACAAACACAACAAGCUACACGACCCGUCCAAUCUGCCAUUGUCGAUGGUCCUGCAAUUACUCUCAUUGAAGGUGUACGCGUACCAGAUACACCCGAAGAUAGAGUGAAAACAUGGCGCAAUGCCAGAGUGCUAAAUAAUCAACUGGUGCCAUAUCCUGACGGCUAUACACCACCCAAAGUACAAAUUCAAACUUUCGAUAGUUGAGUUAAGACUGUGAACAAAACUACAUGAGCUGCUAGCCGUUCGACUUCUUCGCCCAUUUAUAAUUUAUUAUUAUAUUUUAUAUUUAGUAACUA